UUGGCGGCCGAGCCAAUCUGCCGAUUGGAUGCAGAUGGCGCGCCUCACUUCCUGUUUUGUCUGCGUUCCAACAACAACAAAAAAGAACAAAGAAAAGGAAAGCAGAAAGGGCUCUCGAAGAUGGCUCCCUGGCCGCUGCCCCUGCUGGCCUGCGCCGGCGCCGCGGCUCUGCUGUGCGGCGCGCCCGCCGCGUACGGGCGCGACGGCACCGACAAGACGUUUUGCUCGUGGACGUGCGUCGUCUUCACGCUGCAGUGGCCCGCCGGCUUCUGCCAGUCUUUGAACAACGUUUCCCUCUGCACCAUUCCCGAGCGCGUGAACGGCUGGAUGAUCCACGGCCUGUGGCCAAUGAAGGCGCAGCGGUGCUGCAACUGCUGGCCCAUGUUCCCGUCCGACGUCCAGGAGCUGCGAGAGGCGCUGGAGGAAAGGUGGCCGUCUUUGUUGACCAGUCGAUCCACCUUCCACUUCUGGAAGGACGAGUGGGAGAAACACGGCGUGUGUGCGGCAUGCGUGGAAGGUCUGAACUCUCCGCUCAGAUAUUUCCAGACGUGCCUGAAACUGAGACAACGCUUCGACCUGGACAAAGCGCUGGACGCCGCUGGCAUCAGGCCAUCCUGCCAACGACCUUACAAGCUGGCCGAGGUGCUGGACGCGCUGCUUCCGCUCGUCGGCGACAGGUCUGAGAUUCAGUGCGUCAAAGACCACAAGGAGCGUGAGGUUUGGUUUCAGGUGAAGGUCCGUCUGUCUCGCAACCUUACCCUCGGCUGCGAUCACCACGGCGACGCCGACGACGUCUGGGAGCGAGGCGCCUCCAAAGGUCACCCCUGCCCGGCCCAGGGGAGCUUCUACUUCUUCCCCAUCAACCACCAGCGCCCGAUGCAACCCUGCGGGUGACGCUCCGACGUCUCCGCUUCGACUUCUCCGCUUUGGCGUCUCCGCUACGAUGUCAAAAUAAAAGAGUUAAAAACAUGCGUGGGU